AUGGGAAGUUUAAUCGGGUCUCUUCAAGUCCUUUGUCUCCUCUUAGUGUUAGUCUUGCCUUUUGAAGUCGAUUGUUCUCUGAGUUUCUCUUCCUCUGCUCUUAAUUAUUCAACUCCUUUAUGCCAACCAGAAGACAGCUCUGCCUUGCUCCAAUUCAAGAACACCAUUUCCAUUCAUGAUUCUGAUGAUCCUAUCUGUGCUGACUCAAUGACUUCCUACCCCAAGACAAAAACCUGGAAUGAAAGCACAAACUGCUGCUCAUGGGAGGGAGUCACUUGCGACGAGGUGACUGGUCAUGUGAUUGGCCUCGACCUUAGUUGCUCUUCGCUUGUUGGCUCUCUUCCUGCAAACAGCAGCCUCUUCCUCCUGAAAGGACUCAAACGGCUCAACCUUGCUCACAACAAUUUCAAUGGUUCUUCUAUCCCAUCUGGCGGUCAACUUCCUUCGACGUUGAUGAACCUCACACAACUUUCUCAAUUACGUUUCUCAUUCAAUAAACUAGAAGGUCCCCUCCCAAGUCAUGUAAGUGGGCUUCAGAAUCUAAAAGAAUUCCAAUCAUUUUCGAACUUAUUAAGUGGUGGAAUUCCAUCCUGGCUUUUUACUCUGCCAUCUUUAGAGUUUUUAGGACUUAGCUAUAACAGGCUCACCGGUCCAAUCGAUCCGAUUCAAAAUCCUAGUUCAGUUCAAGAAGUUUAUCUGGCGAGCAAUGGCAUUCAUGGUGAAAUGCCAAGGUCUUUCUUUGAUCUUGCAAAUCUUACCCACCUUGAUCUUUCAUCUAACAACUUGAGUGGAGUCAUCAAGCCAGAUCUGCUUUCAAAGCUCGAGAAUCUUCAAAUGCUCGACCUUUCAUCAAAUAAUUUUAGUGGCCUCAUCGAGCCAGAACUGAUUUCAAAGCUCAAGAAUCUUCGGAGACUUCAUCUUUCAAAUAACAAGCUGCUAUCGUUGAGCAGUGGAACUGGUAUCAAAGAUACUUUUCCAGAGCUCAUGACUUUAUCAUUCUCUUCUUGCAAUGUAAGUCGAUUCCCGGGUUUCUUAAGAACAGGGAAGAACUUGAGAGUUCUUGAUCUUUCAGAUAACAAAAUUAGUGGCUCAGUUCUCAAGUGGGAACUAGAAGGGUGGGAACAAUUGACCUUUUUAAAUCUUUCUUACAACUUUCUGACUAGUUUAGAGCAAUUUCCAGGGAAGAAUCUUGAAAUCCUUGAUCUUCGUUCCAACCUACUCCAAGGUCCUCUUCUAGCUCCACCACCUUCAUUGCAACAAUUCUUCAUUUCAAACAAUAAAUUGACAGGAAAAAUCCCUCCUUUGAUUUGUAAUCUGUCUUCACUUGAAAUUCUUGAUUUGUCUAGAAAUAAUUUGGGUGGAACUAUUCCAGCGUGUCUUGGAAAUUUUAGCUAUUUGCUCUCAACCAUAAACCUACAAAUGAACAACUUUCAUGGAAAAAUCCCAGAUUCUUUUGUUGUGGGUAAUUCGCUGACAUAUCUUCUUCUUAGUGACAACCAAUUUGAAGGGUUACUGCCACGAUCCUUGGUUAAUUGUUUUUUGAGGAUUUUAGAUUUGGCAAAUAACAAGUUAAGAGAUACCUUUCCGCAUUGGUUAGAUGCAAAUUUUUCGCUGAAAGUUCUUGUCCUUCGAUCUAAUAGAUUUCAUGGUCCCCUGAACAAUUCGAUAGUUAAACCUUCAUUUAUGUCGUUGCAACUGAUCGAUCUCUCUCAAAAUGAGUUUAGUGGACUCUUGCCAUCAAAUUUCUUCCAAAAUUUAUUUGCCAUGAAGUAUACACGACCAGUUAGUCCUACAGGCGUGCACAUAACAUCGUUUCCUGAAGGAAUCGGUAGCCUUGAUGACAGUUCUGUGAAUGUAACAACUAAAAGGUUAGAGCUAGAGCUAGAGCUAGCGAGAACUUUGCUCAUUUUCUUUGCCAUAGAUUUUUCGAGCAAUCAAUUCUAUGGCAAAAUCCCUGAGGUAAUUGGAGAGCUUAGCUCAGUUCAAGUGCUCAACCUCUCACACAACAGCUUGACCGGUCAUAUCCCAACAUCAUUGGGGAACUUAGUAGCGCUUGAAUCAUUAGAUCUCUCGUCGAACAAGCUUGAUGGCAGAAUUCCUUCCCAAUUGACAAACUUGACAUUUCUCGAAGUGCUAGAUCUUUCAAAAAAUAAUCUUGUGGGACCCAUUCCCAAUGGGAAGCAGUUCAGCACUUUUGAGAAUGAUUCCUAUAGCGGCAACUUGGGAUUGUGUGGCUUCCCAUUGUCAAAGCAAUGCGGCAACAAUGAGGGAUCAAAAUCUCCUGCACCAAAGUUUAAGGAAGAUGAAGGUUCUGCACUAGCCUUCAUAUGGAAACUUGUAGUGAUGGGAUACGGAUGUGGAUUGGUGCUAGGCUUAAGCACGGGAUACAUUGUGUUCACGACUGGAAGACCAUGGUGGUUUGUAAGAAUGGUUGAGAGAAAUUGGCAGAACAAUGUUACAAAGUGGAUUCGCAGGAAGAAGAGAAGAAGAAACUAGCACUGAGCCCAAAAUGCUUAGUGGCUUCGAGCUGAAUCCAGAGGAAGAUGCACCCCUGCUUCCGUAAGAUUUGUCUAGAAAGAGCAUGUGUUCUGGGUUUAUUGCGUCGCAGUGUUUGGAAUAAUUGGGGACUUCGUCGAAUAUCUGAAACAACUCGAGUAAUUCGAUUCAGGGUGUUCUUAGUAGCUUCUUGUAUUUGUUCAGCUUUGAUUUAUGGGUGUCUUCGUUUGUAAAUGUUUUUUU